AUGGGGGCUAGAGUUGUGGAGAAAACAGGCAGCGGUUCAGCCCAGGAUGGUGACAAGUUGCUGGAAGGUGACGAGUGUGCACCCCACUCCCAGCCAUGGCAAGUGGCCCUCUACGAGCGUGGACGCUUUAACUGUGGCGCUUCCCUCAUCUCCCCACACUGGGUGCUGUCUGCUGCCCACUGCCAAAGCCGCUUCAUGAGAGUGCGCCUGGGAGAGCAUAACCUGCGCAAGCGCGAUGGCCCAGAGCAACUACGGACCGCGUCUCGGGUCAUUCCACACCCGCGCUACGAAGCGCGCAGCCACCGCCACGAUAUCAUGUUGCUGCGUCUAGUCCAGCCCGCACGCCUGACCCCCCAGGUGCGCCCCGCGGUGCUACCUACGCGUUGCCCCCACCCGGGGGAGGCCUGUGUGGUGUCUGGCUGGGGCCUGGUGUCCCACAACGAGCCUGGGACCACCGGGAGCCCCCAGUCUCAAGUGAGUCUCCCAGAUACGUUGCAUUGUGCCAACAUCAGCAUUAUCUCGGACACAUCUUGUGACAAGAGCUACCCAGGGCGCCUGACGAACACCAUGGUGUGUGCAGGCGCGGAGGGCAGAGGCGCAGAAUCCUGUGAGGGUGACUCUGGGGGACCCCUGGUCUGUGGGGGCAUCCUGCAGGGCAUUGUGUCCUGGGGUGACGUCCCUUGUGACAACACCACCAAGCCUGGUGUCUAUACCAAAGUCUGCCACUACUUGGAGUGGAUCAGGGAAACCAUGAAGAGGAACUGACUAUUCUGGCCUAUCUCCUGUGCCCCUGACUGAGCAGAAGCCCCCACAGCUGGCCAGUAGCCCCGCCUGACAUGGAACAGAACGGAGCCAUCCCCCAAGACCCCAAGUCCAAGGCCCAGAUGUUAGCCAAGGACUUGUCCCACCUGAGGACAAAGCUGGCGCUCAAGGUCACCUGUUUAACGCCAAGAUAACAAAGCACUGAUCCAAGUUUCUCUGUAGGAAUUUCUGUGACUUUUUUCUGGGGUCAAAGAGAAACCCAGAGACACUGUACACUGUUCCUUUUCACCCACCACCCCGAUCCCUAGGUGAGGAGAAGCGGCUUGAAGCAGGGCUCCAUUCAUUCAACACACAUGACCACUCGCGUGAUCUUCAACAAGA